AUGAGCAAUUUUGGACCAAUCCUGAAGGAAGUCGGGGAGUUUGGUUUAUUUCAGAAACGCUUGGUCGCCGUUUUAUGCAUCCCAAGCUUUUUUGUUGCCUUUGACGUGAUAGGUCAAGUUUUUACAGGCAUGAGUUUUGAGCACAGUUGUAACACUGACUGGAUCUUGGAACGAGGGCCAAACCUGACAGAGGAGAGACAAAGAAAUCUCACGUUGCCUGUGAACAAGGAUGGAGAGUAUGAAAGCUGCAAAAUGUUCACACCUGUGGAUUUGGAUUUGGAAACCAUUGAGGCUUAUGGGAUUAAUGGUACAACAGGGUGCACUGAUGGAUGGGACUAUCAGGCACCCAAAGGGGCUUCUAGUAUUGUGACUGAGGUGAGCACUGAAAAUAAUAUAUAACAUAAGUUUGCUGUUGAGCCUGUGAUUCUUCUGACUCUGCUUCACCUCGUCCUCUGACCCUCAGUUUGAUCUGGUUUGUGGCCAAAGUGGUUUGAAUGAGGCAUCACAGUCUAUUUACAUGGCAGGUUAUCUGGUUGGUGCUGUGGUGUAUGGCGCCAUUUCUGACAGGUGAGUAACAGUCAAACUGCCUGUCCAUGGCAAAAAAAUAAUUUCUGAUAUAUUGGUUAUGUAGUGGCAUGUGAUGAUUACCAACUGAAGGAAAGGUCACCUCAGUCAAAGGAAGAUUUAAGGUCAGUAAAAGGCGUAAAAGACAAUUUAUCUUGUUUAAGAGCUCAGCAGAUGGGUAGAUCAGAGCUGAUGUCCCGAAGGAUAGCAUCAUUAAUCAAAAGCCAGUUACAAAACCAGUCAUUUCUACUCGCAUGAGAAAAACAGGGCAAUUCCUAUUGUGUCCAUAGAAACAUGACAUACUUUCCUCUCUUGUAGGUUUGGGCGACGCUUUGUAGUCCUGCUCUCAUUGUUUGUAACUAUGAUAUUUGGAGCUGGAUCGGCUUUAUCUCCAAACAUCUACGUUCUCUUGGUCCUAAAAUUUUUUUGUGGGACUUCAGGAGGUGUCACGAUCAUGAACACAUCUGUGCUGGGUAAGUACACAGUCAUCUUUUUUUUUGUUGUUUGAAUAUUUGCCAACUUGCUAAUGCCGGCCAUAAUUAGCAUGAAUAAGCACUUUUCUGUGUGUCAAAGAUUUCAGUCCACUUGGUUUGAAUGUAGACCGUUUGACUAUACAGUACAGGUACGUCACAUACAGUGGGUAACAUUCACAAACAGAAUCAACAGCAUCAGUAUCAAGUGCAUGAAUAAAAUAAAGAUGGGUGCAUUUUGAUUGCGAAAGCAUGAGUAGUGCUAGUCUGCUGCUUUUACAGUUUUUGGGGAACAUGAGCAUAGAUCUAAAGUGUGAGACCACAGUCAAGAAAACCAAACAUUUAAAAGGGAAGAAUAUUCUCAUUUCAUCUAAGUAACAUUCAGUUUUGGAUGCAAUUUUGAAACUCAUAAUAGGUAAGUUUGGCAAAGAUUUUGGAAAGAGUUACACUUACAUCCAUCCACCCAUCUUCUACUACUUAUCCGGGGUCAGGUUGUCAGGCAGCGAGGAAGCCCCGAAGUGUUCGCCAUCAUAUCAAGAGUUAUACGAUAGUUUCAAAUUUAUCUACACAAAUAAGACAAACUUUUUGGCUUUUUAUGACACAAUCAGUCUGAAAUACUAUAACUUUAGAAAGGUCAGAACUAAUGCAAACUACAGUGUCGUGGUCUGUAAAUUGGUGAAUGCAAAAGAAUGUACAUUUUUGUUAAAAGAAUGCUGUUAAAUUUGAUGGUAAUGAAUUAAUCUCUGCAAUGAUUUUUUUGUCUUUUAGCAAUUGAAUGGACUGAUCCCUCAAAGACGGCCAUUUGCACAGAGAUCAUUAUUAUUGCCUUUUCUGUUGGACUGAUGUUGCUAUCCGGCAUUGCAUAUUUAAUCCAAGACUGGAGGCUCCUGCAGUUGGUGCUCUGCAGCCCUGUUCUCCCAGUUCUAGGAUUCCUAUACUGGUCAGCAGCCUCCAAGUCCAUAUUAUGGUCUUAUUUGGUCUCCAAAGUACAGAUUGCCAAAGAAGUCAUGAGUAAAUCUUAUUAUAUAUACUUGAUUAUCAUUCUGUCUUUUUAAAGGUAUCUUCCAGAGUCAGCUCGCUGGCUCUUGACCCAUGGCAGGAAGGAGGAGGCACAGAAGGUGCUGGAGAGGGCAGCCAGGGUGAACGGGAGGAAGGUACCAUAUGAUCUGAUCAACCAGGUGAGCUGCAUGAAUGAGACUGUAGAGUUUAUCAGAAAGAAAAAAAGAACAUUUAUGACACUGAUAUUUUCUUUUACUUGAUUAGGUAGAUAUGAAGAUCACAUCUAAAAGGAAGAACGUACUGGACCUCCUUCAAAUACCAUACUUGAGAACAAGAACCCUGAUAUUGUGCUUUAUGUGGUAUGUUAUCUACAGUUAAUGUUAUUGUUUAGGAAACUAUCUCUCUGGGUCAGUUAACUGAUCUAAUCUCUUCAUCUCUGACUCUAGGUUUGCAGCAAGUUUUCUAUACUAUGGACUGAGCUUGAAUGUUGGAAGUUUUGGCCUGGAUAUCUACUUGACACAACUCAUCUUUGGUUUUGUGGAAAUUCCUGCAAACUUGAGUGCUUUGGUAUUUAGUCAAGUUGCAGGAAGGAAGAAAUGCAUAUCCUUCUUUGCAAUUUUUGGUGGUGCUACCUGCCUUGCUGUCCUUGCUAUCCCAAAAGGUAUGUCGAAGGAUGUUUGCAUGACACAAAAAUAUAUUUUUAAAGUACUGAUUGUUCAAUAUUUUGUGAAUGUUUUAUUUAUGUAUUUUUUUUACCCAUCAGAGCUCCCUGUGGUGACCACAUGCAUAGCUGUAUUUGGGAAAAUGGCUGCAGCUGCUUCAUUUGGCACAGCUUACAUUUACACUCCUGAGUUGUACCCAACUGUCUUGAGGUAAAGCCAAACCUUUUGCUUCUGCUCACAAUAACUAAAUGAAGUUGUACUCUGUAGGCAAAUUCAUGGAUUGAAUCAUUUUCAUCAGUGUGGGACUGAUCAGUCUAUUGUGUCUUCUGGUAGGCAGUCAGGUGUAGGUCUGAACUCCAUGUGUGCUCGAGCAGCGGGCAUCCUUGCACCCCUUGUCAGACUUUUAGAUGUCUUCCAUUACACCAUUCCCAUGCUGAUAUACGGCAUCGUACCCAUUAUUGGUGGAGGUUUCUGUUUGUUACUGCCUGAAACCCUCAAUGUUCAACUUCAGGACCAUACUGAGGACAAGUAA